CCCCUCUCAGCUGGCUCACUGCAGCACCAAAACACAGUAGCUGACUGCGAGCUGGAUGCUAACUCAACCAGCUAACAAGUUAGUGUAUAUGAGGGUGAGUGGGAGUGUUGAAGGCUGUAAUGGCGGCAGUGGUAACCUCGGGGCCAAAGGUCACCGACUGUGUGACCAAGGUGGCGAUAAGCAUCUCCUGUGAGAAUUUGCUGGACAUGGACACUUUCUCAAAGUCUGACCCACUGUGUGUGCUUUUCAUGAGCACAUCAGGGCCCCACUGGACUGAGAUUGGCCGGACAGAGAGAAUCAUGAACUCCCUUAACCCCAAGUUUUCCAAGACGUUUGUCAUCGACUACUACUUUGAGAUGGUGCAGAAGCUGAAAUUUGAAGUGUACGACAUCGACAGUGAGAACUGCAGUCUGCAAGAUGCUGACUUCCUUGGAGAACUGGAGUGUACCUUGGGACAGGUUGUGUCCUCAAAGAAACUUGCACGACCUCUCGUCAUGAAAGACAAGAGACCUGCUGGGAAAGGAACCAUCUCUAUUUCUGCUGAAGAAAGAACUGACAACAGGGUGGUGGAAUUUGAAGCUGCAGCUAGAAAACUGGACAAAAAGGAUUUCUUUGGGAAGUCUGACCCUUUCCUGGAAUUUCACAGGCAGACAGCAACUGGAUGGCAGCUGGCUCACAGGACAGAGGUGGUGAAAAGCAACCUCAACCCAGUAUGGAGGCCAUUCCGUAUUCCGAUACAGCCACUCUGUGGAGGUGAUGUGGAGAAACCCAUAAAGGUGGAUUGUUACGACUACAACAACAGCGGAUCUCACGACUUUAUUGGAACCUUCGAGACCACACUCGCCCAGAUACAGCAGGGGUCUCAAACAUACGCUGCUGAGUUUGAUUGCAUAAACAGCAAGAAGAAACAGAAGAAGAAAGGAUACAAAAACUCUGGUGUUGUGGUCAUAAAGAAGUGCCAGAUAGUGAGGGAGUACACGUUUCUGGAUUACAUAAUGGGCGGCUGCCAGAUUAACUUCACUAUUGCUAUUGAUUUCACCGGCUCCAACGGGGAUCCUAGAACGCCUCAGUCUCUGCAUUACAUCAACCCUCAGGGCUACAAUGAAUACCUGGCAGCUAUCUGGGCAGUGGGUAACGUCAUCCAGGACUAUGACAGUGACAAGAUGUUUCCUGCAUUUGGAUUUGGUGCCCAGAUCCCUCCUACAAUGCAGGUCAGCCAUGAGUUCCCCAUCAACUUCAACCCAUCAAACCCGUUUUGUGCAGGUAUAGAGGGUGUGAUCCAGGCCUAUCAGCAGUGUCUACCACAGGUGAAGCUAUAUGGCCCCACAAACUUCUCCCCGAUCAUCAACCAUGUUGCUUGUUUUGGCAAACAGGCCAUCGAGCAGGACACUGCCUCUCAAUACUUUGUCCUGCUGAUCAUCACUGACGGAGUGAUCACAGACAUGGAUGAGACUCGCAACGCCAUUGUCAACGCCUCCCGUCUACCCAUGUCCAUCAUCAUCGUAGGGGUCGGGGGAGCUGACUUCACCGCCAUGGAGUUCCUGGAUGGAGACGAUGGGAACUUACGCUCGGCUACAGGAGAAGCCGCCAUGAGAGACAUCGUUCAGUUUGUGCCUUUCAGGCAGUUCCAAAAUGCAGGCACUGCAGCCCUUGCUCAGAGUGUUCUGGCAGAGCUGCCUGAUCAAGUGGCCUCCUUCUUCAAUUUAUUUCAACUGAAGCCCCCCAGCGAGCCAAACCCCACCUAGAAAUGGUCCUCAGGAAAUGCUCGCUCAGAGCGUCCUGGCAGAAGUCCCUGGCCAGGUGACAAGUUUCUUCAAUACCAUGAGACUAAGGCCGCCGAAGAAUGACACUCCUCCAGCAUCUGCACCCACCCCCGAGUGAAGCACCCUGACUCGGACCGACCUCUCUCCUCCGUGUAACUCUGUAUGCACAGCAAUCAUUAUUUUCAUAGAUGUAUUUAAAUGUUGUGUAAGCAUGCAGCAUGCAGUCAUGUUUUUAUUUGUUAGUAUGAACAGUAUCAAGCCAUAGAGGACUGACAUUGUCGCACAUUAUCUAACAUCUAACAUGUACUUCACAUAGAUAUGGAAUAUACAUUUAACACAUAACCUUAUGUGACUCAAGUGCCAGGAUUGUAAAGAGUUUGAGUAAUUUUUAUAUUUUACUGAUCAGUAGAGGAAUCAUUUAAAAACAGUCCAACUUUACACAAGAGGGCUUUACUUCACAGGGAGUCACAUACCCUGCAUUUCCUUGUGUAAGCUGGCUCCAGAAGCUUACAUUAAGAAAGAACCUCUCUGUGAUCCUGUCCAUUGUGGGUCUUGUAAACAAAGGAAGCUACAUGAUAAUGUAAAGCCAUAUCUGUAAUAGUACAACGUGAUGUUGUAUGUAGAUUAGGCAUCCAUGAUGAGGCCUCAGGAAAUGCCAUUUCAAGCCAACUGGGGAGGGGAGAAAAUCUUGCUUCAGCUCAAUACAGAGCAACUAAGCUCAGUUUGAGUGCACCUUCAGACUUUCUGCUUCAGACUCUGAGUGUGCUAACACAAUAAGGCAAUGUUUUUUUCACGUAAUAUGACGCUUCCUCUGCACAAAAAGGAUCAAACCCCGGCUGUUUACUCCAUUUAUAUAAUAAAUUAUAUUAUGAGAAGGGGUACCGGAUACGUUUUUGCAGUGAAAGCAAUACUGCUGCUGCAAAUAAGGAAGGAGACUGAUACUGCAGAAGAUGGCUGUUUAUUUGUAAAUUAACAUUUAGUUUUACCAUCUGAACUGUCAGUGGCUCCCAUUUUUUUCUCAUGUGACAACUGCACAGAAUAACUCUCUCUCUCUCAGGGCCACUUUUGGAGUCUUUGGCCUCUGCAGCGCCAAUGCUCCAAACAAAACCUAUGCAGCUUAGUAUUUUCAGCAUCCUCGGUGUCAGCUGUUUUGUUCUUCACUGCAAAAACAGGAGAUAAAACAUUGUCAGGGUUUUAGGAGCACAGAUAAAAACAUAAUUCGGAGUCUUUACAUGCUGUGGUCUCAUUACUCUCUUAAAUGUUGGAUGAUCUAAUGCCAAUUUAAUAGUGAGUUUUAAUUAUACCUGAAGCAAACGGGUACAAAUGAGAGGAGCGGUUAGAUUAUAUUCACUAUGAACUCUAGAGUGCAUGUGGGCUCUGUAAUGUGAUGCAACCAGCAUGUACUGCUAUAACUGCAGCUUCAUUUUGUGGCUUCAUUGCAUCCCUAAAAGCUUCCAUAAUACUUGAGCUGAGCAUCCACACUCCCCCGUAGAGAGCAUCAUCAAGUAACAGUCCAUGAAAUGACGGCACUUAAAAGCUGAAACUCUGAAUAUAACCUGGUACACUGCGAGUUACCAUGGAGAUAUAAUCAAGGUAUAUGUUUUGUGACAUUGAAACUUUGACUUUAGAUUUAGCCGACCCCGUUUACCCUCUAAUCUCACUUCGUAGUACACUCCCAAAAUCUUCACAGAAAAACUAAGGCAGCUAAUAUCAGGCCUCUUAUUAGUUUGUCCGUCAGAUUAUCUGCCAAAAUGUUUUAUGUGUUGUUCGUGUUCUUUUUAACAUUUCCUCACUCUCUUCCUCGUUCUGAAACAACAUUCACAUCUGUCUUUCAUGCUUGUGUUUCCAUGCAAAAUGAAUUUUAUCUCUAAUGAAAUUGCAGACAAAUCUUAAGAUGUACAAAUAAUAAUAUUCAGACGUGUUUACAUCCUGGAUGCCUUCAUUAUGGAUCAAACUGUUUAAAUGAAAAGCUUUUCUAUAUUUACAAAACCGAAUCUUUGAUAUUUUGCACUGUGUUGUCUUUUCUACUUCAGUUUCUUUUUUUAAAUUCAGUGACAUAUUUGAUUAAAACAAUCUGGAAGCAUUUAUUAUCAGUAACUGCAGGUUUACACUUAUGUACAUUAGAAAUUCACUUUGUCUUAAUUGGAGUUAACACUCUUACUUAGCUGACUGUUAUGAAAUAUCCUAAUACAUUUCACUAAGUGUAAAGAAGUAUUUUGAUUGUGUUUUGCACCGGUCACUGUGGCAUUGCAUACCUGUCUUUGUCAUGAACUUUGAUUUGAUCAGUAUUUCAUGUAAAUAUGAUUAAGCAAAAAAUAAGCCAGUGCGUACUACAUCAUGUUCGUGUUAUAUCAUUUGGAAGACUAGUUUUGAUGUUUGUACUGCUGCUGUCUGUCUAUUGAAAAUAAACAUUUGUAUUUUCACAAAGUGGG